AAGACCAAAUCAGAGACGGCAAUUUCGAGAGCGAACCCUAAUUUGUCACGAUGAUGCAGAAUCUGAGAUCCGUAUUUACUCGCGGAUGGAGAUCGUCCAUGGGGUCUCGCAAUAUCUCUCCACCGCCUGCUGGGUCGUGGGACGGAGGAAGAGUUCUGCGUGAGUUGAAGAGUUUAGCUGCAUCUGUAUUGUUUGGAUAUUCGUGCUACCUUAUCUCGGAUAUGUCGGAGUCAUUAAAAAGGUCCAAGGCUUCCAAGGAAGCAUUCAGACAACUCGUGAGAGAUCUUGAUGACGACCUGGGGUUAUCUGUUCCGCGGGAUAAUUGAAUUGAGAAGCGACAAGUUAUUGGUGUUUGGUUUUUGCUCCCGUAAAAGAAAUAAAAAGCUCCAUGGCUGUGAUUGUUCAGAAGUUGCUCUGGAAGAGAGGGAUCCCUCUUCUCUCUUGACAAAUAUUUAUGGAACCUGCCAUUAUCUAUAUAUAUAUGUUUAGUUCUUGUAUGUUUUUGUUGUGCACUGAAAACAUUAAGUUGCACUGUUUGAUCCCUCUUCUCUCAGACAAGUGUUCUCUUCAUCUUCAUUUUACCGAGGUCGUCUCUCGCGUUUAAGUUCUUAGAUUUUAUUUCUAAGUUUUUUCGUAACUAUGUAAGCAGGGUUGUAAGCUUUGUUAAUGGGUGGAUUAGAAGAUUAAUAAUGUAAAUAGACGCAUGAAGCUUAUCUCAGUUCCUACAUUAUUUUGGCUAAGAUUUGGCCUUUUUUCUCUGAAACUUCGACGUUCGUUCCAAACAAUACAAGCAAGAAUCCAUCGGUUUUCCCAUGACUGCUACUCUGCUAGAACAUUUAUGCAAAACCAGAGCCUAACCGGUUUUCAAACCAAACUGUAUUUGGGCUUUAAAUGGGCCAUCACGUUUGACCCAAAAACCCUUGUCUACGAUCGAGAUUAGUCCUCGUCAAUUAUCUCCGGCCGCCGUUCUCACAAUUUCCCCUUUGCCCCCAGCUUUCAGGUACGUGAAUUUGAGUUCCAUGUAUCAAUCAUUCAGUAUUGCAGUUGAAGGACCCUCAGAUUCUGGGUUUUAGAAUCCCCUGAUGUCUUUGCUUAUUCAAAAGCGCAUUGGAAACACCUUGCUACGUCUUAAACCUUGGGUUCCCACCUCUCUUCCCACUACGGUCAUCAAGAAUCUCUCUACAGUUUCAGAGCAAUUACCUGAGGCACUAGAUGAAUCGUCACAGGAGAUAUGGAAUGUAAUUGUUGGUAGAGUUGGUGAUAGAGACAGUGAAGAUGAGGUUUUUGAUCGUCUAUCUAAUGAUGAAGCCUGUAACAGAGUUCAUCUCUCUGAUGGUUUGGUUCAUAAGCUGCUUCAUAGGUUUAGAGAUGACUGGAAAUCUGCGCUUGGUGUUUUGAAAUGGGCUGAGUCUUGUAGAGGGCACAGACACUCCAAUGAUUCUUUCGAUAUGGCCGUGGAUAUUCUUGGCAAGGCCAAGAAAUGGGAUCGGAUGAAGGAGUUUGUGGAGAGAUUGAGAGGAGAUCAACUCGUUACUUUGAACACAAUUGCUAAGAUCAUGAGGAGAUUUGCCGGUGCAGGGGAAUGGGAAGAAGCAGUGGCAAUAUUUGAUAAAUUGGGUGAAUUUGGAUUGGACAAGAACACGGAAUCGAUGAAUCUGCUGCUCGAUACGCUUUGCAAGGAGAAAAGAGUCGAGCAGGCUCGAGUCAUUUUGCUAGAGCUUAAGUCGCACAUUACACCAAAUGCUCAUACGUUUAAUAUCUUCAUUCACGGUUGGUGUAAGGCAAAUAGAGUCGAGGAGGCUCUUUGGACGAUCCAAGAGAUGAAAGGCCAUGGAUUCCGUCCUUGCGUUAUUAGCUAUACAACGAUUAUAAGGUGUUACUGCCAGCAGUCUGAGUUUGUUAAGGUCUAUGAGAUGCUAAGUGAAAUGGAAGCCAAUGGGUCUCCUCCGAAUUCCAUUACUUACACAACUAUUAUGGCUUCUCUUAAUGCACAGAAAGAGUUUGAGGAGGCAUUACGGGUUGCUACAAGGAUGAAAAGAUCCGGCUGUCAACCUGAUACUCUUUUCUACAACUGUUUGAUUCACACACUUGCUAGAGCUGGUCGGUUAGAAGAAGCUGAGCGGGUUUUUAGAGUUGAGAUGCCAGAACUUGGUGCUUCCAUUAAUACAUCUACCUAUAACUCCAUGAUCGCUAUGUACUGCCAUCACGAUGAGGAACAUAAAGCGAUAGAGCUUCUCAAGGAAAUGGAAAGCUCAAAGCUUUGUAAUCCCGAUGUUCAUACGUAUCACCCGCUGCUGAAAUCUUGUUUUAAGAGAGGGGAUGUAGUUGAGGUUGGGAAAUUAUUGAAAGAAAUGGUGACUAAACAUCAUCUCAGCCUUGAUGAAUCGACUUAUACUUUUCUAAUACAGAGGUUAUGCAGAGCCAAUAUAUGUGAGUGGGCGUAUUGUCUUUUCGAAGAGAUGAUUAGCCAAGAUAUCACACCGAGGCACAGGACUUGUUUGCUGCUUUUGGAAGAGGUCAAGAAGAAGAAUAUGCACGAAUCCGCUGAGAGAAUCGAACACAUCAUGAAGACUGUGAAACUCACUGCACCUGUAAAGUGAGAUUUUUACUAUGGCUGGACGGCUGGACCUGUGAUUUCUUGCAGCAUCUUACCUCUAUAUUGCGGUAUGGUUUAGAGAAGUUAGACAAUUUGUGCACUGUUGCAUAAGGAGAUUGUAAAUUGUGAGAAUUUGGGCACUUGAGGCUCUAUAAAGAAGACAAGACCAGAUCAUGCAUAAAAUGUUCCUUGUGUUCUUCAUUCAACCACAUUGUAGUGUAGAUUUCAAGUACUCUGGUAACUGGUAAGAAACUAGUAUUUCAAACACAAGAAUAGCUGUUAAGAUUUGUAACUCUGUGAGUCUGGAGUUGAUUGAUUCUGACACAAUCUUGAAAGUAAAGACUGUGUUUAUUGUCUGCUCUGA